UCUUCGGUGGAUGAGGGCAAACUUGGGGCAAACCUAAGUAUCCAUGACGUCGAGUCCCGACAGUAGGCUCGCUGCCAUGCUCGACGAAGGCACAAUGAACUGGGAUGCUCUACGAGCUCAGAGCCUUCGUCCUGGUGGAUUCGGAAAGGAAAGAACACGUGUCUGGCCUGCCCUUCUUGGAGUCUGCGUUCCGUCAGAACCUCCUCCGUAUGUAGAAAUCUCUCCGGAACCUUCUACAAACGACCCGCCCCAUCCUGACGAACGUCAAGUACGUUUGGAUACCGACCGGAGUUUUGUGAUGUAUCCCGCAGACGACGACGACGACGAAAGUCGCCGAACUGUAUUGCAGACUUCUCUCAACAGUUUAAUCGUUUCCCUCCUCCGAAAGCGUCGGAAGUUGCACUAUUUCCAAGGAUACCACGACAUCGUCACUGUUGUUUUACUAACUCUUCCACCAGAGCUUCAGCUCCCUUGUGUAGAAAAACUUUCCCUCCAUCGAGUGAGGGACUCUAUGGGACCCACGUUAGAGCCUGUAUUGGGACUUCUCCGGAUCACGCGUAAUCUUCUGCGUAUUAUCGACCCUAAAUAUGCAAUGCUGCUUGAGAGCAUUGCACCCCUACCGUUCCAUGCCCUAUCAAACCUUCUCACCCUCUUUUCACAUGAGGUACCCACCCUACCCCUUAUUCAGCAUGUCUGGGAUUUUCUACUCUGCCGAGAACCUUUGGCAGUGGUAUGGCUAGCCGUCGCUGUCAUUCUCGUUCGAAAACCUGAUGUUCUUCAAUUAGCAGUAGAAAACGAGGACGGCAUGAUACACUCAGUUUUGAGUGCUCUGCCUUCACUCAGCGAUGAUCCCGAAACAGCAGAUGACGUUCCCUCCGAUCAGCAUACUCGAUCAGGAUCCCUAGAUGAGGGAGACAGCGUUACCUUCAACACGGAGGAGGCGGAGCGGCUCUCAGAUGUACCCGACGAAAACACAAGCAACGGACUUUCUACAGGACAACGUCAAAUGAUCGAACAGAAACCAGUCCCCUGUCUGACAGAGAAUGGAGCGUCCAAAAAUAUCAUCGAUGGUCAAGUCGUACGUGGAGAGAGCAAUAUGACUGUUGAUGCUAGCCACUCUGCUGAGGAUUGGGCCAUCCAACGAUCGGAUGAUUCACACUCCGCGUUAUUCUCAGCUCAGCCUCUAGAAACCGAGAGAUGUUCGGCCAUAAUUUCUUCAGAGACUCUCAUCGAUGACACUGCCAAAAUUAAUACUGAUAGUGACUUUGUUCAGCCCUCACAGCCACAACUGGUCCCACCCCACCCGCUGUUCCUUUCUAGGCCGACAUCCCCUACGUCGCCACGUAUAUCGCGUUCUAGCUCCCGCACUGCCUCCCGUUCACCCUCAUCACCUCCUCAAAAUCUCCGCCGGCCUCCAAUCUCACUUCCGUCCCUUCUAACACACGCCGCACAGCUCCUUGAGGCUUAUCCUCCCACCCUUCCCGAGCUACGCGUUAAGGAUAUACUUGGGCCCAAGAGCGUUGUGCACACGUGGAAACCUCCCCAAGAUGGUUUCUCCACACAAUGCGGCAAUGAACUUGAUGACGACGCAGAGAGCUGGGUUGGGAGCCCUGAUGUCGUUGUCCCGUUUACAGAAGAUGAGGAUAUUGAGAGCGAAAAUGAGCGAAAGACGAAGUUACGCACAGGCCCCGUGAUAAGGCACCGGAGACUCGUUCUCCUUCAUCGCCUACGUCUUCGGCUCGGACUGCUCACUCCUACGGAGAAACGAAUACUUCUGUUAGGUGCAGUAGCGGCAGUUGGCCUUGCCGUUGCCCUUCGGCAGAACAGGGGCUUUUCGGACACGAGGAUAGGGUGGAUAACAUGUGCAUGGGCAUGGGCAUUCGGCGGAAUUCGGUUUAGAACUGUGGAAUGAACUACACCAUAAGUAAGUGCCACUUCAACUCUAAUCAGUCUUCCUAAGAGUAUCUGUGCAUCGUAUCACAUAAUCACUGAACAACUUGGCAUUUUUCAUGGAACACUUACAUAGUCUUCAGAUGUCAGAAACCUUGAUCACAUGCGCAUCAUUCCGAUUGACUCGCGCGAGAAAAUUUUAUUUUGGAUAGAUUUCACGAUUACGGACAAGUUUUACUGUUGAUGAUACUGCAACAGCUCAGGAUUCCAUUUCGAUUGUAGCGUUGUAAUUGUGAUCACGAGGUGAUAUCUAGGGAUCAUCAGAACGUUGACAAUAUAUCUAAUCAUUAAUGUCAUCUUUCAGCUAUGCCACUUACCGAGUAUGGAUAAAACAAUAUCGAGUGAAUUCGAUUUCCUGCACUGCCUGCUCUAUAAGGUCUACUGAUCCGUGGCACGAGACGA